UUUACACUCCAACCGCAACGGAUUGAUUUGUUUAUUUCUGCAGUGCAAAAGUAUCAUGGCUGGCGCGUUAUAUAAAAAUUAUUUACGAGUUUGUGAAAAAUGGGGUGUAGAUCCUACGAAGAAGGGUCGAGACCUUGGUGAAUUCAUCCGACAACAAGUUGCCAAGGAAUUCAAUCGGGGCGAAGCUUCAAAUAUUCAAAAUUUGAAAGAAUGUGAAAAGAAACUUGAAAGUCUUAAUCGAAUAGCUUCUAAUUAUUAUGGAAAACAGUUCCAAAGAUCUAAAUAUGCUACUGCAACUGGUCUUACUUUAGAGGAAUGUAAGCAAGUACUUUCUACAGAAGGUUUGCAAAAAAUUAAUCGAUCUAAGCUCUCAUUUUUGGAGAGAGUCAAGAUAUUAUUAGAAAAAAAGCCUGUGUAAUUGCUUGUAAAAGAAUAGUUUAAAAGCUAAACUAAUAGAUUCGCCGAUUGGAUCGAUUGCAAUGGAUAUAUUCAUUACUAAAGUUCAUUAGAACUGUUCUUUUCAUCAUCGCUAAUGAAACCUUUUACAUGGAUUGUUAUAUUUUUUAAGAGAAGGCAUUAAGUUUGUUGAUGUAGAAUUUACAAUUAUAUUUGAAAUUUGGAGAGCUUGCAUUAUUUCUAUGUAGAAAACAAUAUAUUUAUUGCUAUUUUUCUUGCAGUGUGGCUUUGAAAACAUGACAAUAAAGGAAUAUUCAGAAAA